AUGCUCGUAACGCAAGUACAUCGUUACUUGCAGCAAUCGCUUCGACGUAUUCAUUUUUCUAUUCCAAGCCACUGGCAGACGUUUGAAAACGAACGACAUUAUGAGCCUGGCGAAGACUAUUUGAAACGAACAUGGCACGGCUUAACAUACGACUUCAGACGAUGGAGACGCCGAUACGAGGAGGUGUGUCAGUUACAUCGUGCCUUUGUUACUAUAGAUUUUGAUGCAUUUGAAAUCUAA